AUGUCCGUCAUUCAGACCCCCCUCACCGAGCUCUUCGGCAUCCAGCACCCCGUGCUCCUCGCCGGCAUGAACGUCGCGGCUGGCCCCAAGCUUGCCGCUGCUGUUUCUAACGCCGGCGGUCUUGGUGUGAUCGGUGGCAUUGGUUACACCCCCAAGCACCUCCGUGGUGUUAUCCAGGACCUCAAGAAGGACCUCAAGUCGCCCGACCUCCCCUUCGGUGUCGACCUCCUCAUCCCCCAGGUCGGCGGCAGCGCCCGCAAGACCAACUACGACUACACCAAGGGCAAGCUUGACGAGCUCAUCGACAUUAUCAUCGAGGAGGGCGCCAAGCUCUUCGUCUGUGCCGUCGGUGUGCCUCCCAAGCACGUCGUUGAGCGCCUCCACAAGCACAACAUUCUUGUCAUGAACAUGAUCGGCGCUGUCAAGCACGUCAAGAAGGCCCUCGCCGUCGGUGUCGACAUCAUCUGCGCCCAGGGUGGUGAGGGUGGUGGCCACACCGGCUCGACCCCCUUCUCGAUCCUCAUCCCCAACGUCGUCGACGCCUGCAAGGGCCACGUCUCGCCCCUCACCGGCAAGCCCAUCUACGUCGUCGCCGCCGGCGGUAUCUUUGACGGCCGCGGUCUCGCCGCCUCGCUCAUGUACGGCGCCCAGGCCGUCUGGGUCGGCACCCGCUUCGUCGCUUCCGUCGAGGCCGGCGCUCCCCCCAAGCACAAGGAGCUCGUCGUCACCGCCGACUACGGAGACACUGGCACCACCCUCAUCUACACUGGCCGCCCCCUCCGUGUCCGCCGCACCGACUACGUCAAGUCGUGGGAGAAGCGCCAGGACGAGAUCGAGAAGCUCACCACCGCCGGCAAGCUCCCCCACGAGCAGGAGCUCUCCAAGCACCCCGAACUGUCCCUCCCCGGCCGCCCCUGUGUUAAGCCGGCACGCGAAAUCAUUGAGGACAUGGUUUCUGGCGCAAAGCAGUGUCUGCUCCGUGGCGACUCGCUCAUUGCCUCCAAGGGCAAGCUCUAA